GUCACAGUCCCAGACACUGCCUGCGUAGGCCUUCAUGUCACAUCUGGGAGUUUUUCAGUCUAUACACAGGGGAAUUUUCAACUACAACCUCUGCAUCUGGUAACUGCAGGCGGACACAGAAACACAGAAAAAUGUGAUUCUUGCGCAGGAAAGUUGGAGCACGGAAGAGUUCAGAUGUGGGCGGGUGCGUUUAGAAAAAAAAAAAAAAAGGGUGGAACCCCCGCCACCACCACCACCAGCCAAGUCUGCAGAAAAAACUAAAUGAAGUCUGCCUAUCUGGGGCCGGAGCCCCUCCCCUAGGCCCGCGCAGAGGAGUGUGACCCAGGGGCCGCUUCCUCCCGCCGGUGAGGGUCAGGAGCAGGCCCGUGUGACCCUCGCACCGCUCCGCCUGCCCCUCCGCCCUUGCUCGGCCCCAGUCGGCACCGUUGGCGAUGAGCAGCCCCAACGCAACGUCGCCAACCACCCAACGACACCUACAAUCACUUCCAUAGUCCAGGAACGUUCUGCCCACACCUGGCAUUUUCCGAGAUCUCCAUGAGUACACUGGCUUGCCUCCCCACUCCCUGCUGCACCCUACGGGAGGUGACCCCGAGCGUGGGAUGACCCCUAAGACAGUGGACAUCGCCGUCAUUGCAGGCGUGAUCACCGCUGUGACCUUCGUCCUGGUCGUUCUCCUCUUCCUCAUGCUACACUACAUGUACCGGCACAAGGGCACGUACCACACCAAUGAGGCCAAGGGCACAGAGUUUGCUGAGAGCGCGGAUGCGGCCCUGCAGGAAGACCCAUCCCUCCAGGAUGCCGGUGACAGCAGCAGAAAGGAGUACUUUAUCUGAGGGGCACCAGACGUCAUCUCCCUCAGCGCCUCCGACUCCACGACUCCACAACUUGCACCACCAGGAACACCCACCUAGGUCCAAGAGAUGCACCCGGCCUGGGGGACACUAGAUGCCAGGCCAGAGAGCUGGGAGGAAAGGAGGAGGAAUCGAGCCAGAAGAGGCCUCUCCCAGGGACCCAGGGAUGCCGUGACCACCCAGAAAGCCAGUUUUUUAUCUGCCAAAGGGGAAAAGUCUGGGUCCUCCUGGGCAGUGCAGUUUGUCACCAGUGUAGUAUGACAGUCUUUGCUGGGUAUGAGUGGGGUAGGUGGGCCUGGGGACAGGGCAGGCAAGCGAGUUAUCAGUACGCUAACAGGGGACUGCAUCAAAUGUCAAUCCUUAACAUUUGGGGGAACAGCCGGUGAUGGAGCCAAAGGUAACUUUGUCUCCCAUUGAGCCAGCUCUAAGUGAUUGGAAAUAAAUUUGAAAUGUAACUGAGCACCCAGCAUUACUAUAAUUGUCUGGGAAAGAAUAAACGCCACCCAGGACUGGCUUUUCACCAUG